AUGCCACUCGCGGGCAGCAUCCGGCAUCGCACCCACUCCCUGCCCAGCACAGUAACCACGAAGCCAUUCUGCAACAUUGCAGCCAGUGACUCCAGGAAGAAGACGACCAUGAAGAUCAAUGCAGGCUUCUCCUUGAAGACGGCAGCCCUGAAUGGCUCCUGCACGUUUCACAAUAUUGUGGCUCUUCUUGGAAUCCUCUGGCUCAAGAGCUACGCCUGGUACCAUCACUGCACACCCCCAACCACAGGCAGAGCAGGCCAUUUGCCUGUGACCGACCUUUUCCUCAUCACUUCAGUCACUCUGAUGGACACGAGCACAGCACAGGGAGAGCUGGGCUGGCUGCUGGAUCCCCCAGAGGAUGGGUGGAGUGAAGUGCAGCAGAUACUGAAUGGGACACCCCUCUACAUGUACCAGGACUGCCCACUGCAAGAUGGCGGGGACACUGACCACUGGCUGCGCUCCAACUGGAUUUACCGGGGGGAGGAAGCUUCGCGUGUCCAUGUGGAGCUGCAAUUCACCGUGAGGGACUGUAAGAGCUUCCCCGGGGGAGCCAGGCCUCUGGGCUGCAAGGAGACCUUCAACCUCCUGUACAUGGAGAGCGACCAGGACGUGGGCAUUCAGCUCCGACGGCCCUUGUUCCAGAAGGUGACCACUGUGGCUGCAGACCAGAGCUUCACCAUCCGAGACCUCGCAUCUGGCGCCGUGAAGCUGAACGUGGAGCGCUGCUCCUUGGGCCGCCUGACCCGCCGAGGCCUCUACCUCGCUUUCCACAACCCAGGUGCCUGCGUGGCCCUGGUGUCUGUAAGGGUGUUCUACCAGCGCUGUCCUGAGGCCGUGCAGGGCUUGGCCCGAUUCCCCGACACCCUGCCCGGACCUGGCGGGUUGGUGGAAGUGGCAGGGACCUGCUUGCCCCAUGCCCAGGCCAGCCCUGGUCCGGCGGGUGCACCGCGCAUGCACUGCAGUCCGGAGGGUGAGUGGUUGGUGCCCGUGGGCCGAUGCCACUGUGAGCCUGGCUAUGAGGAAGGCAGCAGCGGUGAAGGAUGCCUGGCCUGCCCUAGCGGCUCCUACCGGGCAGACACAGAUGCACCACAUUGUCUCAAGUGUCCAGAGCACAGCACAGCCGAGCCCGAGGGGGCCACCGUCUGCACCUGUGAGAGCGGCCAUUUCCGAGCCCCGGGGGAGGGCCCCCAAGUGGCGUGCACGCGGCCCCCCUCAGUUCCCCGAAACCUGAGCUUCUCUGUUUUGGGGACUCAGCUCUCCCUGCGUUGGGAACCCCCAGCAGAUAUGGGGGGGCGCCAGGAUGUGAGGUACAGUGUGGGGUGUUCUCAGUGUCGGGGAGCAGCAGUGGACGGGGGACCCUGCCAACCCUGCGGGGGAACUGUGCGCUUUUCCCCGGGAGCCAGCGGGCUCACGGCACCGGCUGUGCGUGUCAACGGCCUUGAACCCUACGCCAACUAUACCUUUAACGUUGAGGCCCAGAAUGGAGUGUCGGGGUUUGGCCCGUCCACGCAUGCCAGCACCUCACUGAGCAUCAGCAUGGGGCACGCAGAGUCACUGUCAGGCUUGUCCCUGAGGCUGGUAAAGAAGGAGCCACGGCAGCUGGAACUGACCUGGGCAGGGUCCCGGCCCCGCAGUCCAGGGGGGAACUUGAGCUACGAGCUGCAUGUGCUGAAUCAGGACGAAGAAAGGCACCAGAUGGUUCUAGAACCCAGGGUCUUACUGACCGAACUGCAGCCAGACACCACGUACAUUGUCAGAGUUCGAAUGCUGACCCCUCUAGGCCCUGGCCCUUUCUCCCCUGACCAUGAGUUCCGGACAAGCCCUCCAGAGGACAAGCUGUGGCUUAAGCCGUAUGUGGACCUGCAAGCAUAUGAGGACCCUGCCCAGGGAGCCCUGGACUUCACCCAGGAGCUUGAUCCAGGCUGGCUGAUUGUGGACACUGUCAUAGGGGAAGGAGAGUUUGGAGAAGUGUAUCGAGGGACCCUGAGGAUCCCCAGCCAGGACUGCAAGACUGUGGCCAUUAAGACCUUGAAAGACACAUCUCCAGAUGGCCAGUGGUGGAACUUCCUUCGAGAGGCCACCAUCAUGGGCCAGUUCAGCCACCCACACAUUUUGCACCUGGAAGGCGUCGUCACCAAGAGAAAGCCCAUCAUGAUCAUCACGGAGUUUAUGGAGAACGGAGCCCUGGAUGCCUUCCUGAGGGAGCAGGAAGACCAGCUGGUCCCUGGGCAGCUGGUGGCUAUGCUGCAGGGCAUCGCGUCAGGCAUGAACUACCUCAGCGACCACAGUUAUGUCCACCGGGACCUGGCCGCCAGGAACAUCUUAGUGAGCCAGAACCUGUGCUGCAAGGUGUCUGACUUUGGCCUCACCCGCCUUCUGGACAACUUUGAUGGCACUUACGAAACCCAGGGAGGAAAGAUCCCCAUCCGUUGGACAGCCCCCGAAGCCAUUGCCCAUCGCACCUUCACCACGGCCAGCGACGUGUGGAGCUUUGGGAUUGUGAUGUGGGAGGUUCUGAGUUUUGGGGACAAACCGUACGGGGAGAUGAGCAAUCAGGAGGUAAUGAAGAGCAUUGAGGAUGGGUACCGGCUGCCCCCUCCCGUGGACUGCCCCGCCCCUCUCUAUGAACUCAUGAAGAACUGCUGGGCCUAUGACCGAGCCCGUCGGCCCUCCUUCCACCAGCUGAAGGCACAUCUGGAGCAAUUGCUUGCCAACCCCCACCCCCUGCGGACCAUUGCCAACUUUGAUCCCAGGGUGACGCUCCGCCUUCCCAGCUUGAGUGGCUCCGAUGGGAUCCCCUAUCGAAGCGUCCCUGAGUGGCUGGAAUCCAUACGAAUGAAACGCUACAUUCUGCACUUCCGCUCGGCUGGGCUGGACACCAUGGAGUGUGUGUUGGAGCUGACGGCCGAGGACCUGGCACAGAUGGGAAUCACGCUGCCGGGACACCAGAAGCGCAUCCUUUGCAGUAUUCAGGGAUUCAAGGACUGA